GACCACACAAAUCGCAUCCCAGUGAGUGCCGUGCCCAUUUCAUUGCUCUCACCAUCCAAGGCUUGAGAGCCGACUUAUUACUGAUAACUCCAACUAUUUCCCCCCCCCCCGUCCCCGUCUUCAGCUCAUCCAAACAUUAGUUCGUAAUUUCGAAAGGGUUCCUGUUCCUCGAAAAUCAGGGGAAACCUUGCUCCCGUCAACCUACAUAUGUACACACGCCGUACAGCCCUGCUUGUUUGUGAGCAGAAUUUGGAGAGGUUGUUGAGACCGGCUUGAAUAAUUCAGGAGGAAGUGAAAGGGAAUGACGAUGAUUAAGUCACAUGACUACGCGUCGGACUAAAUUACUCUGCUGCUGAAACAAUUUGGACGUGUCAGUCGUUGGAGGGCGAGGAAGAUGAGCAGGACGCAAUUUCCCUGUCAUCAGUCUUUUCUGCCUCACUCAGGAGCCUACCUGACCAGUAAUAAUCCCAACAAGUCGCCUCCUCAGCCACGACCACGAAAGAGUUCCACUAACAAUCAACCUUUGUUGUGACAAACUCCAAAAGUGCGAGGACAGCAAUCGUUUGUGACACUUGUUCCACCGCUAUUUUCCUAUUGCUCCCAGGUGCAGUCCGAGAACAUUGCUGGCCAAAGUAGACCAGCAUUCACUCUGCGACCUACUACAACUCCCAACUUGCCUUUGGUCCUAAGUUCACUGGUCUCCUGCCACCGGUUUUUUCUCACAUUUUCAUACGUCCACCCCAAGAAAGCCCCCUCAUUGACACUCCACCACCAAUGAAGAUUUGACAGGAGGGUGGACAAGUUGUUUGUUGGUGCGGCCCGGUGACUCAAAAAGUGCGAACAUGGCGGCGUCGCUGAAUGUGAGCGAGGGGAGCGACACGUUUGUGGAGGUGUUUCCCAUAAUUUCGCCGGGAUACUUGACUGUGUACGACUGGGAGGUGGUGGAGCUCACGGACCUGCGGCGCUGGGUGGGUCAGAACUGGAAGGUGUCAAUCUACGCCUCUGUGAUUUAUGUCAUUCUCAUCUACCUCGGCCAAAGCUGGAUGAAGAAUCGGCCUGCGUACAAUCUCCGGUCGUGGCUCACCUCGUGGAACAUCGUCCUCGCCCUCUUCUCCCUCAUCGGCUUCGCCAGGACCUUCCCAGAAAUCUGGCAUGUCAUCAAUGAACCCCAUGGAUUCUACAUUUCAGUCUGCACAAGACAAGAGCACAACGCGGCCACGGCCUGCUGGGGAUUUCUUAUGACAAUGUCGAAAUUAAUUGAGUUAGGAGACACUGCAUUUAUCGUACUGAGGAAGCAACCACUGCGGUUUCUCCACUGGUAUCACCACAUAACAGUUUUUAUAUACACGUGGUCAACCUACGAAGACUAUGAGCCAUCCCUCCGGUGGUUUAUGACGAUGAACAUGGCCGUACACGCCUUGAUGUACACCUAUUACACGCUCCGUGCCAUGCGAGUGAGAGUCCCCCGACAGUUCGCCAUGAUUGUCACGUGCUUGCAAAUUAGCCAGAUGAUCUUUGGCGUCUUCAUUAACUUGUACACCGUCUGGGUCAAACGAAACGGGCAUGACUGUGUUCGUCGGGACGAGGUUAUCCAACUCGCCCUCCUGAUGUACGUGUCCUACUUCAUCCUAUUCGCCAACUUUUUCUACCAAUCUUAUCUCAAGUCCUCGCCAAAGUCGCUUAAACAGAAACAAAAGUAAAAUAAAGACAAAAAAUCCCUUUCUUCAGUUCCGUCUGUUCUCUCCCCAGUCAUUUCAUGUUCAGUUCUUUAUUCGGUGCAUUUCUUUCAAUUCCAACACCAAAUUUACCCCUCGGAAUAUGUUUAAUACACACACAUAUUUUAUAAGAAGUUUGUACAAAUGUGACAUUUUUUUACACGACCUCAAGAUCAAAAGGAAAUAUUUUAACAAACUCACAAAUCCCGACCCUAUAAGCAUUAAGGGUGAACAAACAAUCAGGUAGCAAUUUUUCAUGGUUGUAAAACUAACCUGAUUCCAUUGGGCAUUAAACCGAUUGCAUUGUGAGACGAAUCAGUGUUGAUUUUGCAAACAUGAGAGAAACUCCAUGCCAAAGAAUUUUUGAAUUGAUCCCCGAAAUUCAUUUUCUAUAUUACUAGUUCCUUAAUUAAUAUAUAUUUGGUUGCUUUUUGGUGGGGGGAAAUUGGAUUAUCGUAAUUAUGAAUUAUAUAAAUAUGUAUGUAGCUUGUUACUCAAUCACCAAUAUUAUUAUGAGUGUGUCGUUCGAGAUUAAUAGUCACUGGUCGCUUUGCUGCAAAGGGCAAAGUUUUUAAGAAAUUUUAGAGUAUCCUUGUGAUGUUUAGUAUUUACUUAUUGAUGAGAUAUGUAGUGAAGUGAGCUACUACAUACACGACGAUCUCCAUGAACAAUAUUAUGUCGAGGUGUUUUUUGAAAGAACAUUAAUUUUGUAUGGAAUUUUAUUUUAUUUUUUUUCGUGGUGAUGACGAAUACGUUUUAAAACAUUGAUGUUGUACAAUAAUGCAGAUUAUGUUACAAAUUACAAAAACCUUACAUACUUAUUUACUUGUGACGAGUUUAUUGUCGUCAUAAAAUGAAGCCGAAGUGUGUAUGUACAUACGUACCUCGAUCCUGCUGAACCUAUCAAGUUUUGCUUCAGCAGAGUAUAGAUGCCUUCAGAAAUUUCAACAUUAGAAUAAAAAUAAAUCGUUUUAAAGCU